GUCUCUCUCUCUCUCUCUCUCUGUGUGUAGUAGUCUCUCUCUCUCUGUCUCUGUGUGGAUCAUGUCUGCGGUGCAGAGGAUGAAGGUCGCUAAUGAGCGGCACAGCAAGACCAUCACACAGCGGGGACACGUGCAGAAGACCUCGCGGCCUGUGAACGAGGAGAAGUCUCCGGUGGGUCCGUGGCUGCUCGCCCUGUUCGUCUUCGUGGUUUGUGGAUCAGCCAUCUUCCAGAUCAUCCAGAGCAUCAGGCAGGGCAUGUGAUGACCUUUGACCCCGGAGAAGCCGAGCCUGUCACACCCAGGGGAGGGGACACGUCGCCAUCAUGACCCCGCCCACCACACACACGCGCACACACACACACACACACACACACACACACACACACACACACACUCGUUCCUGUGGAGUUUAAAUCUGAGCUGUUUUUUCUUCCUACUGUAACUCAUCCUGUCUCUCUCUCUCUCUCUCUCUCUCUCAUUGUGUUUCUUUAACUCUUCCUCUCGCUGGAUGAAGCUGAUCAGAUAUUGGUUAUUGAUUACUGUUGGUUGUUCUUGUCAGAUGAAGUCUUAAACCUUCUUCCUGUCGGUCGACUCACUCGUCCAGCUGUUUGUCUCUGAGAUCCACUGAAGCUCCUCUUUCAGUUUUUCUGACCUGAGAUCAGCUGAGAGGACGUUCUGUGAUGAUGUACAUGUUUCUGUGAACUCUUCCUCCUCAUCUUCAUCAGGAGGAAGGACGGCUGCUGUACAUGAACCACCUUUAACUCACGAAGACUCUUCUCACCAACUGUCCUCUCCAGUUUGUCCACGUUUAAAUCUGACACCUGAAUAUUUCACAGUAAAAGUCCUCCCGCCUGUAGGCUUUUAUUGUGAAAUAUGCUGUGUGUCCAACAUCUAGACACAGAAACAGCUUCUGUUGAUGGACAAUGACAUGAACCUCUGUGGAAUCUGUGAUCAUAUGAUUCUAAAGACUCAAACGAUCACCGAACUGAAGAAAAGUCGAUUCAAAGACUCGAUAUCCAGCUGCUGAACAGAGGGGUGACGAUAAACAUGAACUCAUCAGUCUGCUUUAACAUGAAACCAACUUCAGAACUACGUUAUUAUUCAUAUUCAUCAUCAUUUUUAUACAUGAUGAUAAUCAGUGAAAGAAGAUCAUAUUAAAUAUGAAAUGUUUACAGGUUUGGUGUUUAAUGAGCGAUCAGGAUAACACAACGCUUAACUUAAGUCUGAUCUCAGGUCAGAGCUUCAGAGUUCACUGCUGGUUUUUAGAGGUGAAGAGCUCAGCGAGCCUCCUGCUGGACAACAAGCUCCGCUUUUCUACAAAAUAAAGCAGAUAUUUUUCUCUA